CACUGCUGACACAUCUCUGCCGUUAGACGAGCUGCUGCCUGUCUCAAUGGUCUACGGUUUGACGCUGGUUGUGGGGGUUGUGGGUAACCUGCUGGUCAUUGUGGCUGUGGCCAGGGACAGGAGACUGAGGUCGAUCACCAACAUCUUCCUGACGAGUCUGGCUUCUGCUGACCUGGCACUGCUGUGCUUCUGUGUGCCUGUAAAGUGCGUGGCCUUCUUCUCCUACACCUGGGCCUUCGGGUUCUUCCUGUGUAAAGCGGUCAACUACUUCCAGAACCUGACCAUGGUGUGUUCGGUCAUCACUCUCACUAUGAUGAGCAUCGAAAGGAAUAUCGCAAUACGCUGCCCCCUGCAGUCGAAGAGAAUCUGCACGCGGAGCAGGGCCAAGCUGGUGGUGCUGCUGCUAUGGAGUGGAUCUGUGCUGCUGGCACUGCCCAUCCUCGUGGGACAGAAACACAAACCGGUGGGCUACAUGCACAAGUUCUACUGGUGCAUCCGAGAGUGGGACAGGCCCAUCUACGGGAUGCUGUUCGAAUCCUACAUGUUGAUUUUGCUCUUCUUGCUUCCGGUUGGGGUGAUGAUUGUCUCCUACACAACAAUCUGCAUGGAACUGGCCAGGGGCACUAAGUUCCGUCGACAGGCUACAGGCAACUCAAGAAGAAGAAGUAGAAGAA